UACCAGACCACUGAGGGAGGACCCAGCAAGGAUGAAGAAAGGGGCAAGCCUGGACUUGGGGGGGUCUGAGGACCCUCUCCCAGAAGAUACCUGCCCGGACCUCUUGGAGGGAGAGUCGAGUGCCAGGCCACCUCUGGCCAAACCCCACAUAUUCUCCACAUCCAAGAGCCGCAGCCGGCUCUUUGGGAAGGGUGACUCUGAGGAGGCGUCCCCUAUGGAUUGCUCCUAUGAGGAAGGCGAGCUAGGUCUCUGCCCGGCCAUCACCAUCAGCUCUGUGGUCAUUGUCCAGAGGUCUGGCGAUGGCCCCACCUGUACGAGGCAGCUGUCCCAGGACUCGGUCACUGCUGGUGGUGGUGCUGCCGAGAGGCCCCACAAGCUGUAUGACCGCAGGCGGAUCUUCGAGGCCGUGGCCCAGAACAACUGCCAGGAGCUGGAGAGCCUGCUCUGCUUCCUGCAGAGGAGCAAGAAGCGCCUCACCGACAGCGAGUUCAAAGACCCGGAGACUGGGAAGACCUGUCUGCUGAAAGCCAUGCUCAACCUGCACGGUGGGCAGAACGACACUAUCCCGCUGCUCCUAGAGAUCGCCCGGCAGACCGAUAGUCUGAAGGAUUUCGUCAAUGCCAGCUACACCGACAGCUACUACAAGGGCCAGACGGCAUUGCACAUCGCCAUUGAGAGGCGGAACAUGGCCCUGGUGACCCUACUGGUGGAGAACGGAGCAGACGUGCAGGCUGCGGCCAAUGGAGACUUCUUCAAGAAGACUAAGGGGCGGCCUGGCUUCUACUUUGGUGAGCUACCCCUGUCCCUGGCAGCUUGCACCAACCAGCUGGCCAUCGUCAAGUUCCUGCUGCAGAACUCCUGGCAGCCGGCGGACAUCAGUGCCAGGGACUCAGUGGGCAACACAGUGCUACAUGCCCUGGUGGAGGUAGCUGACAACACGGCUGACAAUACUAAGUUCGUGACGAGUAUGUAUAACGAGAUCCUCAUCCUGGGGGCCAAGCUGCACCCCACGUUGAAGCUGGAGGAACUCACCAACAAGAAAGGGCUGACGCCACUGGCCCUGGCCGCGGGGAGCGGAAAGAUUGGGGUCUUGGCCUACAUUCUGCAGCGGGAGAUCCUGGAGCCCGAGUGCCGACACCUGUCCCGGAAGUUCACCGAGUGGGCCUAUGGGCCCGUCCACUCCUCACUCUAUGACUUGUCCUGCAUUGACACUUGUGAGAAGAACUCAGUGCUGGAGGUGAUCGCCUACAGUAGCAGUGAGACCCCUAAUCGCCAUGACAUGCUCUUGGUGGAGCCACUGAACCGGCUGCUGCAGGACAAGUGGGACAGAUUCGUCAAGCGCAUCUUCUACUUCAAUUUCUUUGUCUACUGCCUGUACAUGAUCAUCUUCACCACGGCCGCCUACUACAGGCCCGUGGAUGGCCUGCCUCCGUAUAAGCUGAAGAACAUCCCGGGAGACUAUUUCCGAGCUGUUGGUGAGAUUCUGUCUGUAGCCGGGGGCGUCUACUUUUUUAUCCGAGGGAUCCAGUAUUUCCUGCAGAGGCGGCCGUCCAUGAAGGCCCUGUUUGUGGACAGCUACAGCGAGAUGCUUUUCUUUGUGCAGGCCCUGUUCAUGCUGGCCACCGUGGUGCUGUACUUCAGCCACCGCAAGGAAUAUGUGGCUUCCAUGGUGUUCUCCCUGGCCCUGGGCUGGAUCAACAUGCUCUACUACACCCGUGGCUUCCAGCAGAUGGGCAUCUACGCCGUCAUGAUUGAGAAGAUGAUCCUGAGGGACCUGUGUCGUUUCAUGUUCGUCUAUCUCGUGUUCUUGUUCGGUUUCUCUACAGCGGUGGUGACACUGAUCGAGGACGGCAAGAACAGCUCCGCCUCGGCCGAGUCCACCUCGCACAGGUGGCGGGGGUUUGGCUGCCGGUCACCGGACAGCUCCUACAACAGCCUGUACUCCACGUGUCUGGAGCUGUUCAAGUUCACCAUCGGCAUGGGUGACCUGGAGUUCACCGAGAACUACGACUUCAAGGCUGUCUUCAUCAUCCUGCUGCUGGCCUAUGUGAUUCUCACCUACAUCCUCCUGCUCAACAUGCUCAUUGCACUCAUGGGCGAGACGGUCAACAAGAUUGCACAGGAGAGCAAGAACAUCUGGAAGCUGCAGAGAGCCAUCACCAUCCUGGACACAGAGAAGAGCUUCCUGAAGUGCAUGAGGAAGGCCUUCCGCUCAGGCAAGCUGCUGCAGGUGGGCUACACCCCCGACGGCAAGGACGACUACAGGUGGUGCUUCAGGGUGGAUGAGGUGAACUGGACCACGUGGAACACCAACGUAGGCAUCAUCAACGAGGACCCGGGCAACUGUGAAGGCGUCAAGCGCACCCUGAGCUUCUCCCUGCGGUCAGGCAGAGUUUCAGGGAGAAACUGGAAGAACUUCACCCUGGUUCCCCUCCUAAGGGACACCAGUACCCGAGAUCGGCACCCUGCCCCGCCUGAGGAUGUCCACCUGAGGCCCUUCGUGGGGCCCCUGAAGCCAGAGGAUGCUGAGGUCUUCAAGGUCUCCGUGGCUUCAGCAGAGAAAUGA